AUGGCAUCAAGAUUUGAAGCCGAAAAGUUCACAGCAGGGUCUAUCUUCGGCUCUGACGAAAGGAGCGAAGGAGACGACAAGGAGGCAGAGGCCUCGGAUGGAAAAUCUGAUUCGAAAGAUGCGGAGAUUGAAGCGAAAGCAUUCAGCACGAUUGUGUUAUGUCUCGGAGAUAAAGUUAUGAGGGAAAUAUCUAGAGAAACUACAGCGGCAGGUAUCAUGGCUAAGCUUGAGGAUUUAUAUCUUACGAAGCAGCGCUUAUAUUCAUACAAGUUUGUGGAUGGAAAGUCAAUUUUAGAGCAGUUAGAGGAUUUCAAUAAGAAUCUACGCGAUGCAAUUCUUUAUGGCCGAGAGAAGACCAUCACACUUCUUGAGGUGCAAUCGGCCUUGAGGUCUAAAGAACUGCAGAAGGGAGAAGAAAGAUCUGCUAAUCCUAUGUUUGAGAGCUUAAAUAUCAAGAAGUUCAAAGGAAAGAAGCCAUUCAAGAGGUUCAAUGAGGCCUACAAACCUGCACCAACAACUGAUCACAGAGAAACCCGUUCUUGCCAUUGGUGCAAGAAACCGAAAUUGGGUGGAAAAACUGUGAAUACUACUCAGGCUGUGGAAGAUGAUGAAUCUCUAGUGGCUCUGAAUGUUAUGGAGCAUGUGGAGAAUGGUUCUUGGAUCAUGGAUUCCGGGUGCAGCUUCGAUUCCGGGUGCAGCUUCCACAUGAGCCCCAAUCUGCAUUGGUUUGAUGAUUUGAAGGAGAUUUCUGGAUCUGUAGUUCUUGGAAACAAUCAGAUUUGUGAAGUGAGGGGGAUGGGAACAAUAAGGCUAAGGGCUGACAGUGGCCGUUUGAUCAUUCUAAAUUCUGUUAGAUACAUUCCUGAGGUUAAAAGAAAUCUGGUGUCUCUGGGGUCCCUUGAGAGUAGAGGAUGCAGAGUAGUGUCUGAGAAUGGGGAGAUGAUAGUGAGCAAGGAUGGGAAGGUGCUCAUGAAGGCUAGGAGAAAGGGAAGCCUAUACUAUAUGUCAGCCACAGUCUUGACAAAAUCUGGAUGA